AUGGGAAAACCUUUGACCGAAGAACUCGUCCUCAGCAGAAGCAAAGCAGAGAGUCUUGAUAGUGUAAAAAACCUCAAUCUAUGGGGAAACGACAUUGAUGACGUCCGAAUCCUUCGUGAUAUGCCAAAUGUCGAAGUAUUAUCACUAAGUGUAAAUAAAAUUGCCAGUCUCCGUGAAUUCAGAAACUGCCCCAAGCUUACAGAGCUCUAUUUAAGGAAAAAUUUAAUUGCAGAUGUAAGCGAAGUCAGGUAUCUGCAAAACUUGCCCAAUCUGAAAGUACUUUGGCUGUGGGAUAAUCCAUGUGCAGAAAAUCCGAAUUAUAGACAAUACAUAAUAAGUCAUCUUCCUAAUUUGUCAAAGCUUGAUAAUCAAGCGAUAACUCCAGAAGAAAGGAACUCUACAGGAGACCAGCAGCCUUCUCCAAGCCAAAAUGGCCAAAACUUGGCUCCAAUUAAAAAGGAGGAGCCAAAACGACCUGUUACAAGUUCUGAAAGCAGAAACAGAGUAAAAAGAGCUAAACCAGAAGGAGAAGGAAGGAACGAAAACAUCCUCUGCGCAGUCUUAGCACUAUUAAAAGAGGCUAUAUAUGUAUUUUUCUUUGGGAGGAUUGUCUUGAAGAUAUUUUUUCGAUAUCUAGCUGAAAUAUUUUCUUCGUAAGAUAUUUGGGUCGAAAAAUUUAGGUUUUUGCCGAGUAAAUGGCUUAAAAUAAAAUGUUUUGAUUAAAUACCUUAAGGGAAGUGUUUGCUAGGAAAAACCACGACCAAAAGGCAUGCUACUUUAAAGAGCUUGACGAAGCAGGCUUGGAGCUUGUGAAAAGAGACGUGGAAAGAAAACUUAAUCGAUAA